AUGGCAACAGGUGCAGACGUGGUGGUGUCUCCUCUGGUUCAAGUAUUGCUUCACAAGUUGGACUCCAGCGUUAUGAGUGAUUUUGGAAAGCAGUGGAGCACCAGGGAAGAGUUGGAUGACCUGUCUGCAAUUCUCCAAUUGAUUAACAGAAUGGUUAGUUCCAUUGAGGAUAUGCAAAUAAGAGAUCCAUGCUUGCCAAUUUUCCUUGGUGAUUUGAGACAAUUUGUUUUCAAAGCCACAGUCACAGUGGACAAUUUCAUCUAUGAAGCUCAUCGGCAAAGUGUUAGUGGAAAGAUUGAAAUCAAAGAAAAGAUUGAAUCCAAGUAUCUCAACUUGAUCAGCUCAGACAAAUGGUGCCAUGAUGAAACAGAAAGGAGACUUCAAACUAUUUCAUCACUAGACAAACGUAUUAAGAGUAGUUCCAUAAUUGAUGAUUCUGAAAUUUUUGGUAGGAGGGAAAUGGCAAAUGAUGUAAUAAACCUACUAUUAUCUGAUAAAUAUGAUAUGAAAAAAGUCCCUGUUUUUUCCAUAGUUGGUAUUGGGGGAAUAGGUAAGACAACACUCGCUCAACUCAUUUACAAUGAUGAAAAAGUAGUUGAGCAUUUUGAGGUGAGAGCCUGGGUCUGUGUUUCUGAAGAAUCUAAUAUUAUUAAAAUAACUAGAUCAAUUCUUGAGUCAAUGACCAAGGGAAAAUGGGAUAUUGAAAACCUACAACCACUCCAAUGUGAACUACAAACCAGUUUAAGUGGGAAGAGAUUUUUACUUGUGCUUGAUGAUAUAUGGUUUGAAGACCGCAAAACUUGGGAUGCAGUAAGAGUUCCAUUAAAUGUUGCAGCCAAGAAAGGAAGUAGAAUUGUAGUGACCACUCGGACUAGAAAAGUUUCCUCCAUUAUGAAUUCCAUAGAAACUAUUGAUUUAGAAGGAUUACCAUAUGAAGAUGGGUGGCAAUUGUUCAAAUUCAAAGCUUUUAUUGAUGAUGAGAUAUAUGAUACACAUCCAAACUUGAAAAGGAUUGGAGAAAAUUUUGUUAAAAAAUGCAAAGGAGUUGCUUUAGCAGUAAAAACACUUGGAGGUCUUCUAUACAAUGAGCUGGAUGUGAACAAGUGGACUUCUAUCUUAGAAAGUGAAAUGUGGGAGUUAGAAGGAGAUGAUGAAAUACUACCGGCUCUACGUCUGAGUUAUUAUCACCUUCCAACACACUUGAAAUUAUGUUUUGCAUACUGCUCUUUGUCUCCUAAGGACUAUAUAUUUGAUAAGAAAGCUCUUGUCCGACUUUGGAUGGCAGAAGGUUUUAUUGCAUGUAAACAAGUUGAGAUUAUGGAAGACCUUAGUGGCAAAUACUUUGAUGAAUUGUACUACAGGUCUUUCUUCCAAAAGUAUUCAGGUUAUUAUGGAAACACAUUUGUGAUGCAUGAUCUAAUGCAUGAUUUGGCGGAGUCGAUUUCGAAAGGCUUGUAUCUUAGGGUGGAGGAAGGAAAAUCAGAAAGAAAUGGCAGCAUCAUCUCUGAGAAGGCUCAUUACAUAUCAAUGAUUGAUGCCCAACCAGAAUCAUCAAUGGUGAAGGAACUAUAUAAAUAUAAGGACUUGUCUACAUUAAUAUUUUUCUCAUCAUCAAGAUGUGACUGGCAUAUCCCUAGUGAUUUAUUUGAACAAUACCGAUGCCUGCUUGUAUUGGAUUUGAGUGGCAAUGAUGGAUUGGAUAGCUUGCCAGAUUCAAUUGGCAAUUUGAAACAUCUAUGCUUUCUUAACCUCAACUACACUGGCAUUGAAGUGUUGCCUGACUCAUUGUGCAGCCUCUACAAUUUGCAAACUUUGAUGCUUGAACAUUGCUAUAAGCUUGAUGAGAUUCCUGAAAACAUAGGAAACCUAAUCAACCUCCAAUACAUAGAGAUGAAUAAGGACAUGUAG